AAAAAUUGUUGAUUUGUGUUGAUCUGACACAUUUAUUAGAAGAGUUGGAAAUUUGAGAUUUUGGAAUUAAUUUAUUAGAGCAUAAAUCAUGAGGGAUAUUUUCUUAUCUAAUUGUGAAAAGAAUUUUCUCCACAAAAUAGUUUCAGAAGGGCAUCGUCUUGAUGGAAGAAGCUAUAAUGAGAGCAGAAAUUUGAAUAUCUUCUUUGGUUCAGAAUAUGGGAGCUGCAUUGUUUCUUUAGGCGAGACAAAAAUCCUAGCGCAGGUGUCAUGUGAAGUAGUGCAGCCUAAACAAAUUCGACCAAAUGAAGGUAUUCUCUACAUUAAUGUGGAAAUUGGCCCUAUGGCAGGGUACCAGUUUGAGCCUAAUCGUCAGACCGACCUAUCAGUUUAUCUGAACAGAUUAUUAGAAAAAUGUUAUAAGGACUCGAAAUGCAUAGAUCUUGAGUCUUUAUGUAUUGUUGUGGAGGAAAAGGUGUGGUCUUUACGAGUAGACAUCAGAGUUCUGAACCAUGAUGGCAACUUGAUAGAAUGUGCCAGUAUUGCCACCCUCACAUCACUGGCUCAUUUCAAACGGCCCGAUGUUACGAGAAGUGGAGACAGUGUCAUCAUACAUACCCUGGUUGAAAAAGACCCCAUUCCAACAGUUUUAUAUCACUAUCCAGUGUGUUUAACAUUUGCUAUAUUUGGAAAUGACAUCCUAAUAUCAGAUCCCUCAUUUAUUGAGGAGUCAGUGUGCACAAGUAGCACAGAGGAAGGUGUGAACACUGGUGGUGGGCUGCUGGUGGUUGGCAUGAACCAGUACAAAGAACUGUGUCUUCUAGACCUGACAGGAGCUGCAAUAUACAGCAGUAACAUAGUCCACAAAGCUGUCAAUAGUGGCGCAGAGAGGUGUAAAGAAAUUGUAGACCUGGUAAAGAAAUCGAUAAUGGAUGAUGACACUAUGAGACAAAAACGCAUCAAAAUAAACUUCUCAGAUGUCAUAACACAGGACCAUGUGCUAUCACUUAUCCAAAAGGAUCUAAACAUUAAGCUGAAGAAUUAUACAUUAGAUGACUUGAAACCUAAAGAGGAUGAUGAGGAGAUGUUUGAUGAUGAUGUAAAACCAGAACCUAGCAAAUAUGAUGUUGUACCAUCACUUCCCCAAACUGCAGAAAUCAAAACAAAAAAAGGUGCUUCAGAGUGGAUAGAAAUCUCAUCAGACUCGGAGGGGGAUUAACAUCAAUGAUACACAAGUUUGUUAGAUAAAAUGUAAUAAAUUUACAUUUUAAAAUUUA